AGAUAUGAUCCUUCCACCAACCGAUGGCUCUGUAACCUUGCGCCGACCUCCUCACCUAGAGAUUCAUUUGGUCUCGUCGCACUCGACGGCUCUCUUUAUGCUGUGGGGGGCAGAUAUCAUGAUACUAGUUUGAACGUUGUUGAACGCUACGACGUUCGACGAAAUGAGUGGAUCUAUGUCGCUCCUAUGGGUACGCGUCGGCAUGGAGUUACUGUAUCCGUGCUGAAUGGCUUGCAUAUACGCCGUCGGCGGAGCCGAUACAAAUACAGUUCUAAAUACCGUGGAGAGGCGAGUCGAUGCUUAUUUGGCGAUUGCGAUAUGUGU